UGAACAUGUCAGUUUCGAUGCAGUGCACCUGUGAAGGUAUUUAAAUCGAACACUUGCUCUUCAAGAUCAUUGUGCAUUUCCUGAGCAGCCACAUCACAGUGCGUCGUUGGUCCAACUUGCUAUAAGUACACAGCGCAUGGUGCCUUGAUCCUGGAACACUUGUCCAUGCAUGUAUGUACUCUCUCAAUGACAACUAAACCAGCAAUCAAACUUGAAGUCAGUUCUCAUCCCAAGCCAGCCAGUUAACGGGGCCAUCACUUCUCUCUGGAAAUUGACGUCCCAUGCUAUGGACAGGUCUUGCUUCCUCUGUUGCUUCCUCCAAGAAAACACAAAGCAGUGACCAAUUGGUGUCACAUUUGCUGUUUGUUGAUUUGAGAGGGCCACUAGAUCUGACAACUCAGUCUUCGAAAACAGACUUCGAAUGCAGAUUCCAAUUUGUUUCCUACCAAGAAGGAAGUCAAAACUAUCCAGAUAGACCUGGCUACAUUACUAUCUUGGGUCAUAACCUACAGUACUGUAAACUUUACCACAGUAAAUGGCCCCGUGAGCAGUUGUUAGUUACAUUUGUACUUCUGGUGCGUGUACUUCUGAAAAAAAAUCUUUGUUCCGUAUACCAUAUUUGAGAGGCAAGCUGUUAGCUUGUAAUUCCCAACUGUACUACUGCUGAAUAAACCUCCAGUCAUCCUCACCAUUCAUACUUGAAUCGCUAGAUUUCGUUGUCAUCCGCGAACCACUUCUUUGUUCAGCUCUUCAUUCAGGGAGCAGACUUCUGCUGUGUUUAUCUGCCCCACGUUAUCUGUACAGGACACUGAACAAUUGGAUUUACUAGUAUUUGACACUUCUGUACAGACACGGGUAGCAGCAAGACUUUGUGUCAAUCAUGUGGUCGUACGAUGCAAAUGUCUCCAUCUAUGCCCAAGCUACAACAUCCCUUGCUCAGCUGGACAUGCUGGUCUGUACCUUCUUCACCUGUGUCUUCCAGAACCACAGCGACAACUGCUCUGUGGCCUAUUCCCCACCCCUGAUGGACCAUCCCCUGAUCUGGGAUGAAACGGGACCACCUCCCUGGGCACCGAUGAACGAAUCCUUUGAUGUACCAAACAAUGAAAGAUACAAACUGUUCAACCACUCGUUGCUAAUCCUUGCUUUUGAGAAUCCGACAGAGGCUGACCAGUUUGUGUAUUCCAGUACUCGGACUGUGUUGUAUGGUUUUGUCCUUCCUGUCCUCAAACUAUUAGGGAUCCUAUCCAUUCUGUCUUUCUUCUUUACCCUUUGCAGAGUUCCCUCCAUGCGGAAUAUCACUAAUUUCUAUCUGACUAAUUUGGCUGUUGCAGAUUUGAUGGUCUUGAUUUCAGAGGCCACUCAUCAGCAAUAUGUGGCUUUGACAACACAAAUGGACUUUGAUGUAUCAUAUUUGGGGAACUCAGCCCAAGCAGUUCUUACUCUCUUAAUCUACACUGGGGAUGUGGGUGUUAUUUCAUCUAUAGCCUUUGUAACACUGCUGUCUUAUGAUAGAUAUUUUGCCAUUUGUCACCCUUUCCAACACCGUAAUCUCAAUCUGAAGCGACGGGCAAUGCGAGCAGCAGUUUGCAUAUGGUUUUUGUCUUUUUUCAUGAAUUUGAUUGAUUUCUUUAAUCAAUUUCUGACCUUGAAUCCACCACCCAUCAAAUGUGUUGUUUGGCCAACUGAAGAAAAGUAUAAACAUUUAUCAGGUAAUGUAUCGGUGUUUUUGAUUAGUGAUGCAACUUUGGGCACUUUGAAUCUGGUUGUAAGUUGCAUGCUUUUCUGUGUAUUCAUGUUGAGUUUGAUCCUCACAGUCACUUUCAAUAUGCUCCUUAUUAAGGGACUGCAUGCACCAAAUCCAACUGGUGAUCAGAUCCGAGGUCCGUCAAAACAUCUACGAAGAGUUACUCUGAUAAUUGGCAUCAACACAGCCGUGGUAUUUGUCUGUUUUCUGCCUCAAGCUAUAUGUGCCCUAAUUGUAAUUUUAUCGCAAAGCAGGAAAGAAGUGAAUGUAAAUAAUGAUGUGAAAUGGGGUUUGAGUUUCAUGACUGCUUGCCUCAGACUCAUGAACUCUUCCAUUAAUUCAGUCAUAUUCAAUGCUGGUAGUGGAAGGUACAGGAAGGCCUUUAAGCAAGCCUUCUGCUGCAGAAAGAGGCAGCAAGUACCAACAAACAAUAUCCCUCUGCAGACAUUACCAAGAACAGAUCCUGCUGAUCGGAUCAGAUCAUAGGAUCCAAAAGCAAAACUC